AUGUCGACCUCGAAGCCCGGCGCUCGCCCCUCGGUCCCCUCUCGCGGACCCCGAGCUCCAGUCGGACGUCUGGCCAGCCUCAAACCUCCGAGUGCGACUCCAAUCAAGCGUCCUCAGCCGAUAGGACGUCCCCAGCCUCCACGGCCUACAACACAUCCAAAGACCUCGAAUUGUCCGAAUCCUGGCUGUCCAGCACCGCAAAUCGUCGAGGAUGACGGUCAGAAGGUGUGUUCUGGCUGCGGUACUGUGAUCAGUGAAGCAAAUAUUGUGUCCGAGGUCUCUUUCGGUGAAAACGCAUCCGGCGCUGCUGUCGUCCAGGGAACGUUCGUGGGAGAAGACCAAACACAUGUGCGCAGCUUCGGCCCUGGUUUCCAACGAGGCGGUGCCAUGGAGAGUCGAGAAAUGACCGAACAGAAUGGUAAUCGAUAUAUCAAUCAGCUCUCGCGAGCCUUGAAUAUCCCUGACAGUGCAACCAAGGCUGCUGGUCAAGUCUUUAAACUUGCCGUCGGCCUGAAUUUCAUCCAAGGUCGCCGGACCAAAACUGUGGCGGCAGUCGCCCUGUAUAUCGCGUGCCGUCGCCAGGACGGCAAUACAGUCAUGCUGAUCGAUUUUGCUGAUGUGCUGAUGAUCAAUGUGUUCAAGCUUGGUCGAACCUACAAGGCGCUCCUCGACGAACUCCGUCUAGGUGGUAACGUCUUUCUGAUGAAUCCGAUCGAUCCUGAAAGCCUGAUUUUCAGAUUCGCCAAGCAGUUGGAAUUUGGACAAUCCGUGAUGCAAGUGGCUAGUGAAGCCGUUCGGAUUGUGCAGCGCAUGAAUCGUGACUGGAUGACUACGGGUCGUCGCCCGGCCGGUGUGUGUGGUGCAGCCUUGAUUCUUGCGGCACGUAUGAACAACUUUCGACGAACCGUGCGGGAAGUUGUUUAUGUCGUCAAGGUGACUGAAAUUACGAUCAGUCAACGUCUGAAUGAGUUCAGCUCGACAGAGAGUGGCGAGCUGACUGUUGACCAAUUUCGCUCCGUUCAAUUGGAGAGCUCCCAUGACCCUCCUUCGUUUACCCGUGCAAGAGAGGGCCGAAAACCAUCUCGGGUCAAAAGGAAGGCGGCGGAGACUGCAGCAGAAAUUGAAGACGAUUCUCCCGAAGAGGGUGAAGCGGACUGGUCACAACCGCGGCGUGUCGACGCUGAUGGGUUUGCCAUUCCAAAUCUGCCGAUCGACCCAGCCCUGAUAGAGGCAGGCCAGGGUCGACGGGCAUCGAUUUCCAAGGCUGUCAGCGAAGUCAUCGAAGAUACCGAGCAAGAGGCGACCAGGUCCAAGGGCAAAGGCAGGGGCGGGAAGCAACCGCCUCUGCCACCUCCGUCUGCGGAACAAGUUGCAUCCGAAGAAGCUCUCGAGGAUGAGAUGAGGUCGAUGCUAGCCAAAGGCUCCAACAUGAUCGAUAGUGUCACUGAGCCACCGAAGAAGAUGGUUUCCGACAGUACGGAAAUCGAUGAGGCUGAGUUUGAGGAUGAUCCCGAAGUUGCCCACUGCCUCCUCUCGCUCUCCGAAGUCGAAAUCAAGGAGCGCAUCUGGGUCCAUGAGAACAAAGAGUAUCUGCGCACGCAGCAGGCCAAGGCCCUGAAACGCGCGCUGGCCGAAGCCACUACAGGGCCGUCUUCCCGUAAGCCCCGCAAGCGCCGCCGAGGCCGGCUCGGCGACGUCACCUAUCUCGAAGGGGACGGCGAAGAUGGCGACGGCCGCAGUUCACGCGCAUCCACCCCAGCCGAGGCAACGCGGCGUAUGCUGGAGCGCCGCGGAUACAGCAAGAAAAUCAACUACUCACUCCUGGAUACGCUGUACGGCGGGGAGGGCACCGACUCGGAGAAGGCGAAGGCGGAGAGUGUGAGUCGAAGCCAGAGCCGCAGCCAAAGCAUUGCCUCGCGCCGUAGCGCCAGCAUUGAGCCGGAAGCAAUCUCUCGGCGCGCGCGGCGGGCAACUUCUUCGGAUCCCAGCAAACCCCUCGGCGCUGGCAUCACCGCGUCCCAACCUACUCCGCCUCCUACCGCACCCACUGCCACCCAGGAGCCGGCCAAAGAGACGCCACAGCUGGAUGCAGAUCCAGAAGAUGGAGUUGAUCCCGAUGAGGAUGAGGAUGGUUAUGACGAUGACGGCGAGGAGGACCAUGUGGACGAUGCCUUCGCUGGAAACUAUGCCUACGGUGAUUAUUACGACGAGGGAAGCGAUUCUGAUUAUUAG